AUGGGUUUCUUCAAGUCACUGAAAGGCGAAGGUCCAAAAUCUAUUGGUGGCAAGGAAGAGUCUCAAGAUCAACAGCAGAGGUCUUCUGAAAAACGUCGUCUCUUCGGCCAUGCCUUACCGAAUCAGUAUGACCCUCCUGCAGGUCCUCCUCCUUCACACAUGAGAUCAACCGAAUACGAACCACCUCCUGGACCUCCCCCAGGGCAGUACAGCAAGGCGACGGACACAUUCGCUCCACCAUCUGGACCUCCUCCUAGACAGACCAAUGCAACCGAGGACAACCCGCCACCUUACCAUGACUGGACAGUGAUACCCGACACAGCUUUGCUACCACCUCCACCUGCCAUACAUUACGAGUGUUCUGCGAAUAAUGCCUCCUGGGAUGACGCCGCCCGUGCGCACGACUGGUGCCGGCAGAACCCCUUGUACUCACCUUCAAAACCCCACCCUUCUCUUUAUAAUGCAGUUCAGAAUGGUGAUAUCUCCCUUCAGAAACCACAAGAGUUUAAAGGCGAUCUUACACAACGUGGCAAAGGACAAUGGAAGGCAACAACGAAAUUCUCUUGUACAGACUGCAUUUUCUUGAGCACCUUGCCGCUUUACUUCGCAGUAGAGGAUUCUCCUCUGAUGACAGGGAGAUCCAAGACCAUAUACUUUGAAGUGAGACUACUUGCCACCGGUGGAAAUAUUGCCAGGCAAGCGGCCGGUGUCGCUGUAGGGUUCUGUGCAAAGCCUUAUCCUUCAUGGAGGCUUCCAGGCUGGCAACGUGCGUCACUGGGCGUUCAUGGGGAUGAUGGCCGACGAUUUGUAAAUGACCCCAACGGUGGAGUCGACUUUACAAGGCCUUUCAAGCCAGGGGAAACUGUAGGUAUUGGAAUGAAAUUCAGUAUCGCACCGAAUGUCCAAGGCCAUGGUAAAGCUCAUGCAGAGGUGUUUUUCACCAGAGAUGGUAAGAGAGACGAAGGCUGGCAAGUGGACGAAGAACGUGAUCGGGAAAGUGACAGUGUGCUUGGUCUGGAGGGGGGGAUGGACCUAUAUGCAGCAGUUGGCAUGUUUGGCGCUGUUGACUUUGAGGUACAAUUUGCGCCAGGAGGUUGGCUCUACCAACCAGAAAGUGCCUGA